AGACGAAGGCCAUCGAGUACGAUUAAUCGUAACCAUUUCAAGAUGGCGGCAAAGGCUGGCAAAAAAGGGAAGAAGAAGGGGACAACCAUGGCCCUGACUGAUUUCCUGUCUGAUGAGACAGGGGCAGCUCAGGGGCCAGGCUCUAGCUAUGUUCUUGCUAAUAAAAGUAUGGAUUGGGCAGCUGAAAUGGAGGAGUUAGAUAUUGAUUCUGAACCUACCUAUGGUAUGCAAGCAGUAGAUCGAGCAAAACUCCCAACUGCUCCAAAAGCGUCCAGAGGUCCUGAGGAUCUUGCUAAAGUACCAACAGAUCCACCAUUUACAGCAUUUAUAGGCAAUUUACCAUAUGAAGCUACAGAAGAGAAAAUAACUGAAUUUUUCAGAAAACUACCGGUGAUGAAUGUCAGACUUCCAGAAGACAAUGGAAGACUGAGAGGGUUUGGAUAUGUUCAGUUUGAGACUAGAGAAGCUCUCAUAGAUGCCUUGUCUAUGUCAGAAGAGGCAUUUGGGGGUCGUAAAGUGAGAAUUGACUUGGCAGGGGAGUCUCAAGGAGAUAACAGAAAAGGUGGUGGUAGGAGAGAUGAUGGCCAACCAGACAGAACAGAAGGUGAUUGGAGAAGGUCAGAGGGCAGACAAGAGUCUUCUAGUUUUAAUGAUAGAGGUCAAGGUCGCUAUGACGACAGGGGUCCAAGCCGAUAUGACGACAGAAGAGAUGAUAGAGGUUUUGGAGAUCGGGGAUCUGGUCGAUACGGUGAUAGAAGAGAAGGUGGAUUUGACGAUCGUCGUGGCGGUGGUGGGUUUGACGACCGCAGAGGCGGUGGUGGAUUCGAUGAUCGUCGUGGCGGCGGUGGAUUCGAUGACCGUCGUGGCGGUGGUGGAUUUGAUGACCGUCGUGGUGGAGGGGGAUUCGAAGACCGCGGGGGAUUUGGGAGACGAGAUGACCGUGGAUUUGGUAGAGAUGACAGGAGGGAUGAUAGAUAUGGCGGUGGUGGUGGUGGCGGACGUUUUGAAGAUAGAGAUGGUGGUAGACGUCAGUUUGGAGGAGGAUUCAGACGAGAUGAUCGAGGGGGUGAUGAGAGGGGCUGGGAGAGAGGGGGAGGUGGUUUCCAUGGUGACAGAGAUAGAGGAGGUUAUGGUGGAGACAGGGGUCAGGACGAUAGACAAGAUAGACCGGAUCGUGAACCAGAAGCACCGAGAGAAAGACCACGGCUACAACUACAACCGAGGACAAAACCGGUGGAGAAUCCGCCAGAAACAAAACCCAGCGAAGAUAAACCAAGACCAGAAAAACCAAAGGCUGCGUCUAUAUUUGGCAGUGCAAAACCUGUGGACACUGCACAGAGGGAGAGGGAAAUAGAGGAGAAGUUGUUGAAACAGAAGACUGACACAACUCAGCCUAAGAGUUCCCUCGAGUCCCGAGGCUAUGGUACCUCGAAGGGAUACGAGGAACCUCCCCAGAGGAAAUAUGAGCAUGAUAAUAAAGAAAAUAGAAAUGUACCAAGUUCACGAAGACGUACAGGAAGUGAGCGUUCAGAAGAAGGUGACGGUCGUAGAGAAAGAAGAUCCAGUGGCAGCUCAAAGGGGAAAAAAGGCUCAACAUCUCAGAGCAGAUCUCGGCAGGACAGUGGUGAGCAGGGAUCGCACCCAGAGGUGUUCUCCGGCGGUGAGGAGGACAAGUCGCACAAUGCUCUAUCGCCAGCACACAGGGAUGAGACAGUCAAACUGGUUCCUGCUCCAGCACCUAAAGAAAAUAUCUGGGAGAAGAGAAAGUCUACUCAGACGGCCCAAUCACCUCCUCAGAAAGCAGAAGAGAGGAAACCUCCAGCACAGGAGAGUACUCAGUCUGAUUCCCACCAAUCACCUCCAAACAUGCGUGAGAGAAACCAGUCCAGCCGGUCAAAUAGAACGUCGUCACAGUCUAGUACGGAUUCGACACCAUCAAAGCGAGAAGGGAAGAAAGAGUUUGUGCCAGCCGAGCCCCCGAAGGAAAACCCGUGGAUGAAACGGAAACAAGAACGAGAGCAGCAUCAACCUUCUGGUAAAAGAGAACCCGGACCAACUCCUGUAGCUAACCAGCAAAAUGUCCCAAAUGCCUGGGCAGGUCGUGGAGGCGGGGACAGAGGUAGAGGGCGCGGUGGAAGAGGAGGAUUCGGUCGGGGCCGUGGUGAACCCCCUCGCCAAAAGGAAAAGAAAGAGAAACCAUUACCCCAGUCAAUAGAUGAAAUGCCUAAAUUUGAAGAGAAAAAGAAUAAGGAUUUCAGUGAUGGUAACAAGUUUGCAGGACUUGUAGAUGAUGAUGACGGUGAUUCUUAUGAUGAGGAAUCAUAGCGGGAAAUGUUUUAGACUAAACCAGUGAAUGUUUCUUUUUUGUCAAAAUUUAUUAUGUGCAUUUAUAGACAUGUUAGUUUAUUUGCAAUUGAAGAGGACUUAAUUUAUUGUUAUAAUCGGUGCCUGUUUGCGAAUUUAAGCUGUGUAAAUCUAAGAGGCCAUUCCUUUAUAUUGAAAAAAUAUUUUUCAUCGUUCAAUGAUUAUGUGCAUGCUAACCAAUUGUGUUGAAAAAAAUGAAAUAUUGAUUUCUGUUACAAGAUAAAAAGGGGAAUUGUGCUGUACAGAGGUGAAUAUGAUAUUGAUGGUUAAGCAGGAAGAUGGGAUAGAAGAAAUUUUGACCAGAUAUUUAUGUUUAAUUCUAUAAAUUCAUCUUACAUGAAAUUUAUUUAAAUUCCAUAGUGUAUAUUUUUAGUCUUUGAAUGCAAGUUGCAAAAAAUGACUUGCCAAAACCACCAGUAUAAAGUCUGUUCAGACUGAAUAUCCAUGCCAGUGAGACUAAAAAAGUGUGGGAGCACCACGCUAAAUUCCAUAAAUUCCAUAUUCCGGUAUAUACCGGAUAAGGCGCUUGAAUGAUUAAAUGCUAAAAACUCGCCUCUUCACCUGCCAGAAUACAUUUUAAUAUGUCCAAUUCAUCUUUACACAGAUUUAUAUUUACGAAAAUGAAUGAAAAAUAUAAGAAUCGGUGAAAAAAAAAAGUAAUAUUUUUCUACUUUGUGAUCAUGAUUUUUGCAAAUGUUCACUGCUCCAAUACUGUCAAGAGUUAAAACCUGUCCAUGGGGUGUAACCAAACUCUAUAAUGUCCAUUGCUCAAUAUUAGCUUUUGGAACUAUAACCCCCUUGAAAUAAUAAUGGGAAGUUCCAAAUUUUAAGCAAAAAAAGGCCAUUAUGAAAAUAAUAGCAAUGUUAGUGUUAGAGAUAUUCAGUUUUCUUUGUGUGCAAUUUGAUUAUUUACCUCUUUGAAAGCAUUACAUUGCAGUGUUUGUGAUUAUGUCAUUCUUUUUCUUCAUUUUUUUUUCUUUUCUUUUUGUUUGAAAUGAUCAUGUUUAACAGUGACCUAUUUUGAUUGUUGAAUUUAAGGAAAUACACAAAUGUAGUUCUUUUCAUCAAGUUUAAUGUGAAAAACAAUAUUGAUAAGUUUUGAGUUAUGAAAUUUUUGUGCAAAAUUGUAACUGUAACGAGGGAUAUAUAAUUGUAUAGUUGAAAGUCCAUUUUGGUAGCUAUUAAGGCAUUUGACAAGUUAUAUGACCCAUUAUCAAUGCUUACAAGGUUAUAUAACCAAAAGUUUCAAAGUGAUGGUUAUAUGGCAAACGGCUAUUUAUAGGCAGCCAUAUAACCUGUCACAAGUCUCUGUAACAAAAUUAAAAAAUACUGCAAAAUGGCUACCUUUCAUAAACUUGCGGCAGCGGUUCAUAUAGAUGUUAUAAACAUUAUGAUUGUCCAAUCAGAAUCAGUGUUACAAAUGUUAAGUAUUAUAAAAUGUCAUAUAGUGUUAUGAGUCAUUAGUUAUAUUUUUGUGGGACAUACAUUAUAUAUACAGGCAUAAUGACAUAGUACAUUGUAAAUGCUGUAUACUGUUGUUUAUUGUACAGUUUAUAUGUUAUUGCUCAGUAUUGUAGAAUGCUUCAUUUUACCCUUAACCUGCUAUAUUUCCAUUAUACACUUGUCCAGAUUUCCAGUUUCGGAACUGCUCAGAUAUCCAGUUUUCAAACUGCUCAGAUUUCCAGUUUCGGAACUGCCCAGAUUUCCAGUUGCGGAACUGCUCAGAUUUCCACUUUCAGAACUGCUCAGAUUUCAAGUUCGGGAACUGCUUAGAUUUCUAGUAUCAUUAUCAUAUUUUAGGUAUAUCAAGAUAAAAAAAAUUAAGUAAGUCUGCCAAUAGUAUAGAGCCUGGUCAGACUGGCCUGGCUCUAUACUGGUGGCAACUGGCAAGGGAUUUAUACUUGUGGGUUUCAGCAGGUUAGGGGUUCAGUUAGCAUUGUGUAAAUUAUUUCAUACACUGCUAUAUUCUAUGAAUAUUCAUCACCAACAUGUGUUUGCUGUACAGAUUUAGUUCACUGUUACAGUCGUUAACCUCCAUGGUUGAGUCGAUAAGCUUCCUGGUUGACUAGCCAUGCUCUCCAUUUCUGUAUGUUCGAAUCCCGCCAGGGACUUUGAAAUUUUUUCAUGCAAGAAAGCUAACCAGGUAGCUUAUGGAUUAGUGGAGCCAGUAAAGUUUAAUUGGGUAAAUAGUGGUGAGGUUAUAUUGGGGUAUUUUUUGCUUGAUGUGUUUAUUUCUUCUCAUUUUUUUUUGGCCAAAUAUAUUGUGUAAGUGCAGUUAAUAUGUUUAUUUGCUUAUUUUCAUACCGGGAACAGUUUUGUAUAGUGUUUGUCAACAGCAAGUGUGAUGUAUAUUUUAGAAAACAUAGUGUAAAAGAAUACUAAAAUCAAUUUGGAAAUAAUUGAAUAUAAAUUACUUUCUCAAAGAAGACAUUAUUCUUCAAAAAUCGAGUGUGGUGUAAAAAGAUUAGAUGAAGAAAAAAUGAGAUUUGAGUUAAUCAAAAGUUAGUUUUUAUUCCUGUAAACACUGCUGUUAUAUACCUUAAGUAUUUAAGCAGUUUGAAAAAGGUAUUAUAAGGUUUGAACAUGUAAUUUUUUCUCUAUAUUUCGUCAGCCUUGUUAUUUGGUGCUUGGUAUAAACUGUGGUCUCAUUGUGUAGAUUUAAUGACAGAAAUGUUCUCAUUAUAGUCAAACCAGUGAAGAAAGGUCACCAUAGAGAUAAAUAAAACAUGGUCUUUAUAGACAAGUGGUCUUUAUUUGAAGGUUACUUUGUUCGGAUGUUACUUUAUCCCAUUUAAUCAAUGAGUAUCUAAAAAGUGGCCUUUAUAUAAAGGUUAUCCUUAUCCAUAGGUUGUCAUUAACACAGGUUUGACAAUAGAUCACGAAAACAUGUAUUUUACAUGUACAUAUAUUUUUUUCAUGUGUUAUUCUUCCAUAUUUUUUUUUACAUGCAUAUUUUUAUUCUAUAAUUGACACUUAAUAGGGAAUGUUUUAAUAUGUAAAGUAAUUGUAAAUAUAAUUGGACAUUGUUGAUUCAUAGUGUAAAGAGAAAAUGAAAUUUGAUCAAGUUAAAUUGUUUUUUGUAUGUAGAUAUAUUACAUGUAUGCUUUGUGUUGAUCAAGGCUAGUUCUUUCACUGUAUGUAGUGUGCUUGCUGAAAUGAAGUAUUUCUAAUGUAGAAGCCUAGUUUCAUGAUGACCAAACUGUUAGUAGUUGUUGCGUCAUAACACUUGUUCAUGCUUAAAGCAGCAUACCUCAAGAUUUAUGUUGAUUGAUUUUUUGUGUGAAAAUUUAUAAAAAAAUAUGUAAAAUAUGAAUAUUUUCUAGUGUACAAAUUAAUUGAUUUAAGUGAUGCAUUAUUACAGACUUUAUUAGCUUGACUAUUGGAAGAAUAAGAAGAGCUGUUGUACACACCUUUGUGUCGGUUGGCUUUGGUUAAGUUUUUGCGUGCAAGUUGGUAUCUCCGAAACUAUUGAAGGGAAUGGGUUUUAACUUCACACAUUUGUUCUCUGUGAUGUUCUCUGUGAUUAUCUACCAUGAUGGGCACAAGUCCCAUAACUCUGACUUACAUGUAUCUUAUUACAGAGUUAUGCCUCUUUCCUUACUAUAUACCUGUAGUUGUGCACGCUGUUUUAUGGACAAUUCUUGUUAAAUUAAAGAAUAUUUAGCGUUGGUAGACUCACGGGCUUAACAAAAAACUAGUCUAUGCAUGUAUGUAAAGGAUAUAGGCUAGAUUUGCAAUAAGCAGUGAAAUAAAAAUUUUGUUUGAUGUCUAGGAUAAUUACUUAACUUAGAAAUUAUGAUUAUUAGUAGCAUUAUAAUUAUAUGGAGAUCACAAUGACGCGAGACGCUAAGAACACAGAUCUUAUUGGUUGAUCUCCAGUAAAUAGCAGUUGUGUGUUACAUCUGUCCUAUGUGUUUCUGGGCAUUUCUAAAUUUUUCUUGUUCUGUGUAGAAUAUUGAAUGUACAUUAUAGGUAAAGCCAUAUCAACAUUUGCUAAACAAAUUUUGUUUAAUACAUGUAAUAUUUUGAAAAAAAAUUCUUUCGACAUUUAAAAGCAUUGCCUUAAUUUCAGGAAUUACUAUAUUAGAUUUUAUCUUUCUGUAUAAAUUUUAUAAGAUUUUGAUCCCAUGUUCAUGUUUUAAGUCAUAUUAGGGGGUUAUAUCAGACAAAUAUAGUAUAUACAUGUAGUUAGUAAAACUCUUGCUGGCAAAACUAAUUCUACCUAUGCGACCAGUGUAGACCAAGAUUAGCCAGGAUGUCCAUAACGGCUGAUCAUGGUCUCCACUGUUUGUUAUUAGCUCACCUGUCACAAAGUGACAGGGUGAGCUUUUGUGAUUGCUUUUCGUCCGGCGUCCGUCCGUAAACUUUUACUUUAAAUGACAUCUCCUCAUAAACUACUAAGCCAAUUUCAUCCAAACUUCACAGGAAUGUUCCCUUGGUGGUCACCUUCAAAAAAUUGUUCAAAGAAUUUAAUUCCAUGCAGAACUCUGGUUGCCAUGGCAACCGAAAGAAAAAACUUAAAAUAUCUUCUUUUAAAAAACCGUAAGAGCUAGAGCUUAGAUAUUUGGCAUGAAACAUCUUCUAGUGAGUGUCUACCAAGUUUGUUCAAAUAAAAGCCCUGGGGUCAAAAUUGGCCCCGCCCCAGGGGGUCAUUGAUUUUCCCUAUAUGCAUAUAGUAAAAACUUAAAAAAUCUUCUUUUAAAGAACCCAAAUAGCUAGAGCUAAGAUAUUUAGCAUGAAACAUCUUCUAAUGAGUGUCUACCAAGUUUGUUCAAAUAAAAGCCCUUGGGUCAAAAUUGGCCCGGCCCCAGGGGGUCAUUGAUUUUCCCUAUAUGCAUAUAUAUAGUAAAAACAUAAAAAAUCUUCUUUUAAAGAACUCAAAGAGCUAGAGCUAAGAUAUUUAGCAUGAAACAUCUUCUAAUGAGUGUCUACCAAGUUUGUACAAAUAAAAGCCCUGAGGUCAAAAUUGGCCCCGCCCCAGGGGUCAUUGAUUUUCCUUAUAUGCAUAUAGUAAAAACUUAAAAAAUCUUCUUUUAAAGAACUCAAAGAGCUAGAGCUAAGAUAUUUAGCAUGAAACAUGUUCUAAUGGGUGUCUACCAAGUAUGUUCAAAUAAGAGCCCUGGGGUCAAAAUUGGCCCCGCCCUGGGGGUCAUUGAUUUUCCUUAUAUGUGUAUAGCAAAACUUAAAACUCUUCUUUGAAAAAAACGGAAUAGCUAGAGUUUAGAUAUUAAGCAUGAAACAUCUUCUAGUAAGUGUCUAUAAAGUUUGUUCAAAUAAAAGCCCUGGGGUCAAAACUGGCCCCGCCCCAGGGGUGUCAUUUAUUAACUAUAUGUGUAUAGUAAAAACUUAAAAAAUCUUCUUUUAAGAAACCCAAUGAGCUAGAGCUUAGAUGUUUAGCAUGAAACAUCUUAUGGGUGUCUACCAAGUUUGUUCAAAUAAAAGCCCUUGGGUUAAAAUUGGCCCUGCCAGGGGGGGGGGGGGUGCUAUAUACAGGUGAGCGACUUCAGGGCCAUCAUGGCCCUCUUGUUCAUUUAGCACAUAUUUUGUAAUUUUCCCUAGAAAUGAUAAAUGGAUUCUUCCAGAUUUUAAGAUAGACAAGUCCAUUUUAAGAUAUUUGGUGUGGUAAGGGUUUAAAAUCUUCAUAAAGUCACUUCAUUGUCAUAAUGAUUGUCAUGUUAUGAAAUGAUGUUUUAAUCAUAUGUUGUGAAUGAAUUAAUAUUGAUAUUUGAGCUGCGUCACAACAAAACCAACAUAGUGUGUUUGCGACCAGCAUGGAUCCAGACCAGCCUGCGCAUUCGCGCAGUCUGAUCAGGAUCCAUGCUGUUCGCUAUCAGUUUCUCUACUUGUAAUAGAGUUGGUAGGCGAACAACAUGGAUCCUGAUCAGACUGCGCAGGCUGGUCCCAAUCCAUGCUGGUCGCAAAUGCACUAUGUUGGUUUUGUUGUGACGCAGCUCAUUUUUAUUGAAAUAAGUGCUUCAUCUAUAUACCUUUGUCCCCCCAUGACUGGCUUUCUCUUGUAUUUGUUGUUGAUGCAUGAAUGAAUGUUUACUCAUGGAAUUUUAUGCUUCUGUUGGAAAUAUGGCAGUUUUAUUUAUUCAUUUCUACUGCUGCCUGAUUGUAUAUAAUGAAAAAUAAAGAUUUGAUAGAGA